GAAAGAAAGAAAGAUCGAGAAAAAGUAGAAAUGAGUACGUGCAACUACAGCAACAACUACUACUACCCUCCUUACCCUGCUUUGGCGUAUGAUUACCGCUACUGUUGUGCAUAUGCAACACGCACACAUUCUGUGUCUCUAAGCUUUUUGCAUCACCGUCCUCUUUCUCUUUCAUCACCUCACUCUUCCGUAUCCAUCAUCACCAACCUCUCCCUUUUCCAAAACCCUAAUUUCCUCACGGGAAACACUCUCUUCCUUAGGAUGCAGAGAUUUUGCUCUGGGAGUGCGAUGAGUAAGAACAGAGCAAUGGUGGAAAGAUUGCAGCGUUAUGGAGUAAUCAAAUCAAGUAAGGUAGCGGAAGUAAUGGAGAGUGUUGAUAGGGCUUUGUUUGUACCCAAUGGAGCGGAACCUUAUGAUGACACCCCCAUGGCUAUAGGGUACAAUGCUACUAUAUCCGCACCGCAUAUGCAUGCCACGUGCCUUCAGUUGCUGGAGGAUCAUUUGCAGCCUGGGAUGCAUGCUCUUGACAUUGGCUCUGGAACAGGGUAUCUAACUGCGUGCUUUGCCUUGAUGGUUGGACCCCAAGGCCGUGCUGUUGGUGUGGAACAUAUUCCUGAAUUGGUUUCUUUUUCAAUAGAGAAUAUUCAGAAAAGUGCUGCAGCUACACUAUUGAAAGAUGGUUCCCUUUCUGUUCAUGCUGGUGAUGGAAGGCAAGGUUGGCCAGAAUUCGCUCCUUAUGAUGCCAUUCACGUUGGAGCAGCAGCACCAGAAAUUCCCAAACCACUUAUUGACCAGUUGAAGCCUGGAGGUAGAAUGGUGAUUCCUGUUGGAAACAUAUUUCAAGAUUUAAAGGUGGUGGAUAAGAAUUCUGAUGGUUCUAUCAGUGUACGGACUGAGACCUCCGUUCGUUAUGUUCCCCUUACUAGUCGAGAAGCUCAACUGCGAGGAUACUAAAGUGAAGCCGAAAUCCUGAUUUUUGGUGGGCUAAUGCUUCAGAUGUCAGCGGUUGGAACUUGGAUGUAUUAUGUAUACAUAUGCCGUUAGAAUUUGUAUAGUUGAAUUUACCUGAAUUUUGGAAGGUUAACGCUACAGAUAUCACUGGUUUGAACUUGGAUGUACUCCCAUGCUAUUAGAAUUUGUAUAGUAAAAGGUUCAUGUUCUUGUAACAGGAUGGAUUCAUAAUAAUUUUGAUAUUAAAUGUCUGCGACUGUUUUCUGUUUU